AAAUAAUCAGUCGGUUCGCAACUGUUGAAGAGUCAUAUUAAGUUUGAAAAAAUAGAAUAAAAUCUGUCAUUCAAUUUAGCCACAAAAAUAUUAUGAAAUAAAAAUUAAUAUCAAUCUCUAAAACGAAUCUGGCAAUUCAAGAGAAAAAAUUAUAACAGUUAACGAUUAUGUAUUUUCUUAUUUUGUUGAUCUUACCGAUACUUCGGUCAACGGAAGUAAUCGUCGAGGGCAGUGUCCUCGUUGCGGAUAAUACCAUGUCUAGGAUGGUUGAGUUAAACGCUGGCGCACCUUUUUGUGCCUUAUACCACGACCGCGGAGUUAUUCAAAAGAUGAUACUUGGCGCAGAUCCGACGAAAGUUCGUCAAAUGUCAAGUAAUUUAGUCACUGAUCUCGAAGAAACUUGUAAACAAUCAAGGAAAAAGGGCAAAAAUCAACCUCCAGGGGGUGGUUUAAUUUACCCAGGUACUAAAUGGUGUGGACCAGGUACUUUGGCAACUUCUUAUGAUGAUUUAGGUCAUCAUGCAUCUGAAGAUGCAUGUUGCAGAGAGCAUGAUCAUUGUCCAGAAGUGAUAACUCCGCAUCAAUGUUUAAAGAGUAUUUGCAAUAAUUCACCAUUUACUCGAUCUCACUGUGACUGUGACGCUAAAUUUCGACGAUGCCUUCAAAAUUUAAACACUGAAGUUGCUAACACACUCGGCGCUCUCUUCUUCAAUGUCAUACAAGUCACGUGUUUCAAAGAAAGACGCCCGUGUUCUCAAUGGCAAAGAGUUGGUUAUGAUGAAGCUGAAGCUGACAGGAUAUGUUCACUGUAUCAUUUCCAGCCAAGUGAUAAAUAUGUUCCACUCAUGCCAUUGAAUAUUUGAAUUUUAAUGUCAAGAAUAAUCGAAAUUGAUAUUUUUCAAGUAAUAUUUUUUUUGGGUUUGGUAUGUUCUUUUCAUUAGGUUGAUAACCUAAAAACACAUUAAAUGUUUAUUACAGUGUAUUUUAAAAAGCGCAACAAUUAUUUUAGUUUUUAUUUUUAUAAGGAAAAAAAAAAUAUUCCCAGAAGUUUAAUAAA